UUUACUGAGAAUCAGCUGACCACACGCGCUACAUAACGCACAGCAGGUCACUAGAAAUUGCUCGUAUAAUGAGAUGUUAUUAACUGAGCGCUUGUUAAAGAACAUUUUCGCAAUGCUGAUAUUUUUGGAGUAUUAUAAAAAAGCGCGUUCACCGUUAGACUGAGUUAGUUGUGUAUUGUUUGCUGUGUGUUUGGAGGCAGAUUUGGUUUAGCUUAGCGUGGAACAGCGGUGUUCACUUGGUCUAAACUGCUUCAUUAGGUUUAUAGAGUUCACCGCUGCCCUGAGGAUGAGCAACAUGGAUCCAUUGGGCGCUCGCUCUCAGUUUGUGUGUGUGCACACUCUUCCCACCUGGGACCAGCUUGAAGAUGCGGUCGAUGGCAAGGAGGAAACACAGUCUCGUCAGAGGGAAGAGGUUAACAAGGCAACUGACGUAAACCACAUAAACUCUCCUGUUUCUCCAUUUCCGUUCAGAGAGGAUAUCAACAGGAAGAUUAUUCUAUUUAAAGGCGAUGUGGCACUUUUGAACUGCACUGCCAUCGUGAAUACAAGCAACGAGACCCUUACAGACAAGAACCCGAUCUCGGACAGCAUUCACAGACACGCUGGCCCUGAGCUCAGGGAUGAACUUUUCAAAUUGAAAGGAUGUCGGACAGGGGAGGCCAAAAUGACAGAGGGUUUCAACUUGGCUGCACGAUUUGUUAUACAUACAGUUGGCCCCAAAUAUAAAGCCAAGUAUCGCACAGCUGCUGAGAGCUCCUUAUACAGCUGCUAUAGGAAUGUCAUGCAACUGGCCAAAGAGCAUGGCAUGGCUUCUGUGGGUCUUUGUGUAGUCAGUACUGCAAAGAGAGGAUAUCCCAUCGAAGAUGCUACUCAUAUAACCUUACGGACUGUGCGGAGGUUUCUGGAGAACCAUGGAGAAAGUUUAGAGUCUGUGGUUUUUGCCAUGUCAGACACAGAGGAGGUCUGUUUCAUGUACUGUCAGCUGGCAGUGUACAGGAAGUUACUGCCACUUUAUUACCCACGCUCAAAGGAGGAGGAGAGAGCCAGCCUGCCUCUGCUGCCUGCCGACAUCGGGAAUGCAGAGGGGGAGCCUGUGGUGCCUGAGAGGCAGAUCCGCAUUACUGAGAAGCCUGGCAGCCUGGAAGAUGGCUCAGAGGAUGAUUCUGAAGACUCAGACCUGGUCCUGGUAGGUAAUCAUGCCUUUGCAAGAAUGGAGGGCGAUGUGGAUAAGCAGCGAAGACUUAUUCUUCAGGGUCAGCUCUCUGAAGCUGCCCAACAGAAACAGCACCAGAGGAACUAUAACCGCUGGCUGUGCAGAGCGCGAGCAGAGGACCUCUCGGACAUAGCAGCGCUAAAGGCCUUAUACCAAACAGGUGUUGACUUGUGUGGCAGAACAGUGAUGGUGGUUGUAGGCAGAAAUAUUCCAGUAACUCUCAUCGAUAUGGAGAAGGCUUUGUUAUACUUUAUCCACGUGAUGGAUCACAUCACAGUAAAGGAAUAUGUGAUGGUGUAUUUCCACACCCUCACCAGUGAACAUAAUCACCUAGAUACCGACUUCCUCAAGAAGCUCUAUGACAUUGUUGAUACGAAGUUUAAAAAAAAUCUGAAGGCUUUCUACUUUGUUCAUCCCACGUUUCGUUCCAAGGUGUCCACAUGGUUCUUCACUACCUUCAGUGUUCCCGGGAUGAAGGAGAAGGUCCAUCACAUAGAUAACCUGCAGCAGCUCUUCACUUGCAUCCUACCUGAACAGAUAGACAUUCCUCCCUUUGUUCUGGAGUGUGACACCAGGAUGAACGGCUCGUACUGAACUUCCAACUCGCCAAGCCUAAAAAGUAAACCCUACAGGUGGAUUUAUCUGGGCUUUCUUCCUCUGAAUGCCCAGCAUUUGGUUGAGCUCACAGGGUAUGGGUGUGUUGACAUGGAGACGUCUGUCCCUCCCAUUACAGUGAUGCAUGUGAAUCUGCUAAAGGAGACCAACUCAAUUGCCUUUCCUCCAGUCAUGAAGUUUGCCAUAGUUGCUGAGCUGAAGCUGUUUGCACUGGUAAUAUUUCACUGACUGAUUGAUGCAUGUGAUUGUGUCAUUGAGCAGAAAAGCAUUCAAAUGUCUGUUGUUUCCUAGCAGCAUACGAAACCUCCCUACAAUUUGUGUUCGGUCUGCACAAAUCCGUCAUCAGUAACACUUCCUUUAAUUUGCAUUUCACACUAUAUAUCUGGUUACUGCCUUGGUAUACUACCAUCGUAAGCUGCUUUUUCUUACUAAAUUGUAUUACGUACAAAUUGCCAUGACCGUAGCCAAAUGAAAUUGAAAUGAUGUUAAUUAAAAUCAUUGUUCUUUAAAUAUUUCAACGAGAUAUUUUUAUGUUCUCUUCCUUAUACACUAAUACUGAAUAAUCAUUUCACACAGAGACAGGCAGGAUUUAUGUAUUGUCCGUUCAUACUUUUAGAUUUUCUUUUCUUUCUUUUUUUUAAUCCAGCUUUUUUGCACUGUGUCUAAUUCCAUUGAACAUCCUCGGUCAUUGUUGCAAUAUUUUUUUUUUUUUUUUUUUUUUUUUUAAUAUUUUAGUCUUUUGUAGACUGACACAGGUACAUGUGAAAUAAAAAGCAAAAACCUCUAUGGUUGCACAUCCUACAAAAGUAGAAGCCCUCUUGCUCUAGUUUUUCUAAUGGGAAAGAAAAACAAGAAUUACACUGAAGGCAGUGUGAUUUUGAGCAGCUGUGGUGAGUGAUAAAACGUGCUUGUGCUGAACUUUUCACGUUGCUGUUCUGAAGGAGUUUUGUCAGUAUUUGUAUCAGUCAGCUGUGUAUCAGUAUCUGAGCUAAAAGCUGGUUUUGUUUUGUCCCCCCCCCCCCCCCAAGUUCACCGUGUGGUACGUCAUCCAGUCUUGCUCCCUGAUAUUUUUACAGCAAUCUACAAUGAAAUGUUUUUAAUGUAUAAUAUAGCCUGGAACCCAAAACCUUUAUUUCUGUAUUUAUUCUCUACACUGUAUACCCCUUGCUGUCUGAAUGUGCUGUAUAUAAAAUCAUUUCGGAUAUUCUUUUAGAUUAAUAUAAAGCCAACAAAAUAAAUAACCUUUCCUUCUA